AUGGAUCCCGAGGCUCAGGCGCGCUUCGACCUCAUCAGCGAAAACCUCGCCGAGGUCCUCAACCCCGAAUUGAUUGAGACUAUUCUGGUCGAAAAGAAAAGCCCACGAGUGUACUGGGGGACUGCAACAACUGGCCGGCCUCAUACUGGCUAUUUCGUCCCCGCAUUGAAGAUCGCCCAACUCCUUCGGGCUGGAUGCCGCGUCAUUGUCUUGUUGGCUGAUAUUCACGGAUUCCUCGACAACCUCAAGGCGCCGCUCGAGCUUGUUGAGAGCCGUGCACAGUACUAUAGCAAGGUUAUUACCGCAAUUCUCGAGUCUGUGGGGGUGCCUACGGAAGAGCUUGAAUUUGUUCUUGGUAGUUCUUACCAGAAAAGUCCCGAGUAUGUCAUGGACGUUUACCGGCUGUCCUCUUUGACUUCGGAGCAUGACGCCAAACGAGCUGGGGCGGAAGUCGUCAAGCAGUCCAGCAAUGCUCCUCUGAGCGGUCUUUUGUAUCCUAUUCUGCAAGUGCUUGAUGAGGAGCAUCUGAACGUCGAUGCGCAACUAGGAGGUAUGGACCAGAGAAAGCUAUUUGUAGCUGCGACGGAAUGGCUACCCAAGCUUGGAUAUCGGAAGCGUUGUCACCUUGUCAACAAGAUGGUAGCUGGGCUCCAGGGAGGCAAGAUGAGCUCUAGCGAUCAAGAUAGCAAAAUUGAUCUUCUUGACCCUCCGGAAAGCGUUUCAAAGAAGAUUCGCAAAGCAGAAGCGGCCCCUCGUGUCGUUGAAGAUAACGGUGUUCUUGCGCUAGUCGAGUUUAUCCUGCUCCCCGCUGCCGCUCUGAAAGGAAAUAAAGAGUUCCGAGUUGAGCGUAGAGAUGCAGAGCCCUUAGUUUACACUGAUAUUCAACAGCUCCAUGAUGAUUACAUGAAGGAUAUCUUAACGCCACAGCUUCUUAAGCCCGCCGUUGCAGGCGCCUUGGUUAACCUUAUGGCACCCAUCCAGAAGGCAUACCAGGAUUCACCUGAAUGGCAAGAAAUCACCUUGAAGGCUUACCCGCCAGCGGUGCAAAAGAAACAAAAGAAGGUCAAAGACAAGGGCUCUCGUUACCCAGGUGCGACUAAGAAUCUAAACCAGGAGGUCGCCGAACCUCAAGAUCAGCAGACCGUGUCCGCCUAG